AUGACGGAGGAACUUCACAAGCCAGCCAGAUGUAAUUAUGCAUUACGCAAAUACGAUAUUCGACGUAUUGAUGAAAUUAAGCAGGUGGAUCUCAUCGAGAUGCAUGGUCAAUCUAGACUAAAUCACGACUACAAUUGGUUUACCACGAUAAUUGAUAAGACAGCCGACAAAAAGCGCAAGAAAAAAGCUGAGCUGGCCAAGACGGUGCAGGAUGAAUUAGCGGACAAAAUAAAAAAAAGAUUAAUUCCAGCAAAAUCAUCGUCAUCAGCGUCGCCCUCAUCUACAUCAUCUUCAGGAUCGGAGACGUUGUCAUCGUCGUCUACGUCAGCAUCGUCUACGUCUGCGUCAUCUACGUCUGCGUCUACCACAUCUGCGUCUGCAACAUCAUCGAUGCCUUUGCUUGACAUGUUACAACAUGAUGAGGCAAUUGAUUUGUCUACUAAGACUGUCAAGGUAGAUUCCUCCUAUAGAGGUUGUAAUGGUAGAUCGCUGUUGAUUACUGUUAAUGAAUUGAAUUCUACAUUGUACCCGCUUGAUACUAAAUUUGAAUCUGCUAUUUCUAUUGAUGAUGAUGAUGAUAAAAAAGACGAAUUUAAUAAGACUUCUGAAUCAUCAUUUGAUACAACUGCAAUUAAUUUAGACAAAGAUAGUUCAAAUGGAACUACAAAACAACAAAAAUAG